CCGGGAGCGCGCUCCUCGUCCCCGAGCGAAGAAGGGAUCCCGGCGGGAGAUCAGCCGUUCGCACAGCGAUACCGCUGCGGGUUACCCCGCUCGCAUCUGUGUGUGUCUCACACUCUCCCCAUCUCAUCAUGUUCCCGCCACGUCCAGCGCGCUUUCUGAUCCGUUUCCGAGCGGUGUGAGGAGCGCGGUGCCCCUCAGCGUCCGGCGACGCGCUCGACCCCCGGCCGCGAAAAACGGACACUUAAGACGUUGCUCGGACUCAGGUCUCUCGUCAGUUCACCAAGCGCACGAACUCGGAGCACUUUGCCCGAAUCGCGACAUGAUGUAAUCCGGGUAUGUCGUGUGAAAUCCAUAAAUCCGUGCAGAACGCGGCUCUUAGAGGAUUUUGAUUCGCUUUUUUUCUUGGGGAGGGGGCUGUGACUGCGAGCGGACGCCCGGCGCGCUCCUCCUUCUCCGCUAACCAGGUGCGCGUGUGAACGGAGGACAGUCCGCUCGGGAGCGCGGCCCAUCGGCGUCCCCGGGGGGGUCGCGCGCAUUUGUUUACACUGCCAUCCCGUAUGUCUGGCACAUUCUGAGAGCUGUCCUUCUGUACGCUGCGCUCAUUUAAAUAUUCAGUCGCACCAACUUAGCGGCGUGGACCUGGCCGGCGGACGGAAGGUCUCGUCGCCGCCGCAAAACAAGGGACAUCAGUCAGAGGAGCCCGCGAGUGGCCCGUGUGCAGAGUCUCUCCGUGGAGAAGUUGAUGUCUAACGCGCAACCUCGCGUCGCUCUCUCUCACCCGACCGAGUGAACAAGUUCAGAGCAGCUCGAUGAAAGCGCCUCAAAGUACCGGAGACCGCGGCGCGUCGCUCUAAGCGCUCUCCCAUGCCACCGGACACGAGCAUUGAGGGACGAGAAUGUGGUUUACGCUCGGUGUGGAAACGCGUGUCAGCGGUCUGGUCGCCGGAGGAGCGCGCAGAGCGGAGUGAGCCGUUGCCGACGCUCGAGCUGUGCGCGUCCCCCGCCCGUUCUCCCACCGCACCGGCCGCGCUCGCAGGACAGGAGGAGGAGAGCAGCAGCGAUGCUGCUCCCGCACAUCGUGCCGCUGAGCUGCGCCGGCUUCUGGCCCUUCCUCUUCGGCCACUGUUUCCUCACCUCCUUCCUGCUCCUCGUGCAGUGUACUCAGGGGGAUCUGCAGAAGUCAUGCUCACGCACCGUGGCUGCAAAGAUGAAUGAUGCAUGCCAGCUGGCAUGCCAGUGUAGGCCCUAUCCUCCUCUACCUCCCCCACCUCCACCACCGCCACCACCAAGGCUGCUGGUUUCCACCGUGGUAGAAGCUCCUGAGCCCCAGAUGAAGCCUUGGUGGAAGGACUUGGUUGUAUUGGGCUCUGUGGGAUGCGCCUCUGGGGCUUUUCUCCUGCUGACUGCCAUCAUAUGCUAUAAGGCCAUAAAGAGGAAACCACUACGCAAGGAGGAGAAUGGGACCAGCCGGGGCGAGUAUGCCAUGAGCUCCCGCUGCGACAAGCAGGGCCUGGACACCAACAAUGCUCUGCUGUAGAGGGAAGGAUGAGCAUUAUGGUGACUGCCAGUGAGCAACCCCAGGCCCGUCUAACUCCACCCUCUUCCACCAACACCACCAGUCCCCUUCCCUGAAACACAGUGCCGGUUGGAUCUUCAUCAUAGAGGCUGCUUGGUCAUUGUGCUCCAUGCACUGUGGCUUUGCUUGGAAGCACAGAAGGCAGCCAGUUAAAGGAGAGGAGAGGUAUGCAGGAGAAUACACACAGUUAUGUAAAACAUCUCCUUGAAAUGCAGGGCCGGACACUGGUGCUCUGAGCUCUGUGUCAAGUCUCUGCAGCUUGAGCUGACAGCUGGCAGCUUGGAGACGAGCCCGUCGGCCUGUGGAAAGCCCCUCUCAAACACUUUUAGUCACAGGAACUCUGAAUAACAAUAGCAAAUGAUAAAACGCAUGCAUUUUUUUGUAAUGCAGCAACUUUUUUAAGGACAUUCUCUCAGCUUUUUUCUCCCUUCACCUCACCUUCUUGUUUAUUUCUGAGGCUGUCUUCAGUGACAUCUUUCUGCACCUAUGCCCCAAGAUGGGUUCUGAUUCCAGAUUAGGGCUGACCAGAACCUUUCAUCCAUUCAAUUUCAAUAACCCUAAAAAAAGUGGAUUGCUAAUGUCCUUUGACUAUGCAAUUUAGUAGGGUACAUGAUGGUAGCUGAACACUCAAUUCAUGUACUGUGUUUACUCCAGCAGUCCUGCUCCAAAAACUAUUUACUGCUGACUAAAAGCUGUUACUGUUUACCCUGUGCCAGUGUUACAACUAGCUGAAAAUAUGUUGACAGAUCAUUUGCUGACAUGACUGUUUGAUUUAUUUGAACAAAUGCAGCACUCUGUCUUGUUAGCACCGUUGUCUAUAUCAGCCCUUUUUCAGGCAUAGAAUAAGCUGUGUGAAAAAGUAAUGUGUGUGAAACUACAGUAAAAUUUUAGGGGCACAUAUCUAAAUGUGACAUCUUUAUAUACUCCCAGUUAUAUUUCAAAGGUCACAAACCCUUAUCCUAUCAACUGAAAGGUUAUUUAGGCUUCAUUACUGAAUCAGUUGCACAGAAGAUAAAAUGAGGAUAAUUGUUUGGCUCAAAAUAGAGAAAGAAAUUUUUUAAAGAAAUUUUUAAUGUCCCAUGUUAAAUCCACAACAGUUUCAUUCUUGGAAAGGUACAUGCUCAACUCAUUUUUUGCCAGAAAGAGGUAAAAAUGCCUCAGUGUAU